GACCUCACGAUCAACAAUGUAUGAUUUCCGUUAUCAGUAGAGAAGUCUUGAGACGUAUAUCUGUAUGUCUAGUACAUCAAUAUUUUUCUUAUAUUAUUGUAAGAUGGUGUUAUAUGUGGCUCUCUCUUUGUGUGUGCUGUUGUCAGCAGGAUGUCUUGGUGUAACGCCCGGCGUUCCAUGUGGCGUCCCAGUUACGUCAUCGGGCCACAAGCGGAUCGUAGGCGGUCAUGUCGCUAUGAACAAUGCCUGGCCAUGGAUGAUUUACAUACAAAGUGGAGUUGACGGAAGUAACGUUGGUUCUGCUGCCGUCAUACACCCAAGUGUUCUGUUGACGUCAGCACAAGUGCUUCAGACUACAAGUGGACCAGUAAAGGACUUCAGAGACUGGAAACUGUACGACAGCUCUUACGACGAUUCAGUCCACGCAAACAAUAGGGGUGUACAGCUCUACCAUAUCGAUCACGUGAUCAUUCACCCACAAUACAAUGACACCAACCUUCUGAAUGACCUGGCGUUAAUAGUAACCACUGAGGAAAUCAGUUUUAGUAACGCUACGCGGCCCGUCUGUCUUCCUGACGCAACACACAGGUACGCUACGGGGGACGUCUGCUACUUGGCCGGAUGGGACGACCAGUCCGGAAGUGGGAACGCCGGUCGUCUGCAGCAGGUGGAUCUACCAAUAUUGCAAGACUCCGUGUGCAUGAAACACUGGACUGACGUGCUACCGGAAACGGAAAUAUGUGCGGGCUAUGAGUCGGGCCACAAGGAUUUUUGCACGGGUGACAUCGGAAGCCCUCUUGUAUGCCAGGACAAAAGCAACAGCGUAUGGUACAUUCAAGGUGUUGCAUCCUCAGGGGGCGACUGCAAGACCGCCGAUGAGCCGGGUCUCUUCGAGGACAUCCUUGUGUACAGAAACUGGAUACAAUCGACCAUGGCUGCGGCCGGGUACACCUACCAGUAUUGAACAACAACAUGAUAAUAGUUGUUCACAAGUAAUAUUUUCCAACACAACUUUGAUGAAAAUUGUGUUUGUCUUACAUUUUUAAGAUAAAAUAAUGCACUUUU